GGCUGGUUUGUCGGUUUGUGGUGCUUUUAUGAGAGUUUCGAGCCUGAGUCUUUUACCUGAGUGUCUCACCUAAGGCUCUCACCUUCGUCUCUCACAUUCGUCUUUCACUGUCAUCUCUCACUGUCAUCUCUCACUGUCAUCUCUUACUAUAUAUUAUUAUCUCUCACCUUCGUCUCUCACUCUUUCCACUCACCAUCGUUGAAAGCUUCUACCACCUUUCUACUAUAUAUACCACCCCUCCCAGGCCAUCUACAUUCCACCAGCUCUCCUCUGACACUCUUAUUUCACCACGCUUCUCGCAUCUCUCUCCUCCAACAAACUUCUACUUACAUCCCUCACGUCGUCUGCACUUACCUGCGGUGACAUAUCGUCUGUCGGUACCGACAAGAACGCUGCUUUGAACAACGGCACAGACAGCAGCUAGGAUUGCUCGAUCAUCCAUUCAUACCCGUCACUGAGUAACCACCUAGCAACUAUGGCAGGAUUCACCGAUGGCCCGCUUCCAACUGUCUUAACAGUUCGUAAGAAGAGUGCACGGAAACAACGUACCGCGGAGCAUGAGACGUCCGAUACAUUGCUCACGAUCCCGCCGCCGACAAGAGGCCCUCUCCAGGCUCAAACGUUCGGACGCUAUCAAACCCCCCAAGCCCUAGAGCCGACGGCUCAAAACGCACAGCCAGAAGACACGGUAGCACGUCCCAUGAUUGUCAAGAGACCAAACCUCCUUCAGAUUCCCGUUCGAAAAGAGAAGAGAUUGAAGCCCGGCGGCGGACCAGACAGACUCACCACUCACCACUCACCACCCCAUCUCCCCAGCAUCCUGACCGACGCUGGAAAGCAGGACAAAAGACCGGACGAUUAUGCUGCCAACAUCAACAGCACACUACGAGGUACCUACACGGUGCCAUCUUCCGACAGCAUGGGACAACUGAACCUUCUUGGCGACGACCUGUACGAAAUCUGGAAAACGGAAGUGUCGCCCUUUAUCCUUUUGUCCUGGGCAGGGCAUGACAAUAUGUCAAUCGCUACCAAGGAUUUGUGUGAGAAGCUAGACCGUCUCCCACUUCCAACCAACAAUACAAUCUCGAACAAUGAUGAGGUUGCAGGCAUCAACAGAGACGAAGCGUCUACACCUUCAAUACAAGCUGCCACUCAUCCUACACAGCAACAGACCAACCCUGCGAUGCAUCACUCACUCUUGGAACGCUCAACACCAACACAGAGCCUACGACCACGAGCAAGUGGCUCUCGAAGGUCUCAGAACGAUAGCAACACGGACACUACCGACUGGAUUGUUUAUGUUGGUCCAAACUUCCUCGAUUUCUAG